GUAAGCAUCAUGAACAGCAUCAUCAUGCAGCGCCUAUGGGAUUCGAGGCGGUCUUCCCGGACACGCCAUGGACACCGAGCGGAGACAUGAACAGGCUCAAAUUUAUGAAUACAAAGAAAUUCGAGGAUAACGUUGUUUUAUUAUUGCCUACUGGCAUUGAUGUUAAUGAUUGCAGCAAAGCAAAACAUAUUACUUCACACAAUCAAUGUGACAAUCAGCAAAAUGCCUUUUGGUACGCUACCUUUUGAAGCGGAAUCCGUUCCCAUCUUUUCGCCCCCAUACCCGAAACCACCAGACCCAUACAGCUUCGCCAUCGAUAUGAUGCUGGGCUUCACCUACCGUGUCGCCGCAUCUCAAGUCCGCCAUCUGGUUCCGGACGUGCUAGAGCUCGAGGAUGAGCCUCUCGUGUCAAGCACAGUGCUCGACUACGGAAUGAGUCCUGUGGGGGCGUACAAGGAGUUCGUCCACCAAGUCGAGGUGACUUACAAGAGCGAAAAGUUCAUGUACAGUCUUAUCUUAAUUCUCGACAACGAGGCGGCCAUAUUCGCGGGACGUGAGCAGUACGGCUUUCCCAAAGUCUUUGGCAAGGCCGACAUUCAGACGACAAACGGUACACGGCUGGUUUUGGCAAACGCGCAAAGGCCGGCAGGACGAAAUGUUUUCGAGUGCGAAUUCAUACCCGAUCAUCGCGUUCCCAAUUUGCCUGCUGCAGAGAAAUGGGGACUCAAUCUUCAUAGCAUUCCACAGCCGUGUGCGGGAACAUCACCGGCCAUCCAGGAACUGAUUCCUACAAUUAUGGACUGGAAGUUUACCGAGAUCUGGGCUGGCCAUGGUCAGAUUACUUUUCCGCGCCGCUCUGCAUUUGAUCCUUGGUGCGGUGUGGAUAUUCUACGAUACGAAGGUAGCUUCUUUGCGCGGGGUCUGACUGGCGAGCUUCGGUGUCGCGGUGAGAGUUUUCAGGUUUGAAGCUUGAGGAUCA